CGACAUCAUGUCUCUCCGAUUUGGCCCAUCACUGGGUUGCCGCGUGGGGUCGGGGAUCAUAUUUAGAUAUAUCACUUCUCAUGUCAUUGACAAUCUUUCACUCCUCCCAAACACCGACAAAGAGCGUAACAACAAGACUUACACAAGAAACACUCAUCACAGCACAGCAUGGCCGAUACAGAGCGAACCGCUAACGACAGUGGUCAACACACUGCAAGAGAUCAGGAUGUCGCUCCUGCUUGGAAACCAUCGGGACAUGAGUGGGCCAUAAUGUUGACGCUCGCCAUCAUUUCAUUGAUGGUCAGUCUUGAUGCGACUGUCAUCAUCACCUCUUUGUCCACAAUCAUCCAGGCUCUUAAGACAGACACCACGCAAGGGCUGUGGAUUGGCACGUCCUACCUCCUCACAUGCGCGGUGACAAUGCCAUUUACGGCUGCACUGAGCGACAUCGUUGGCCGGUCUCGCUGUCUCUUUGCUUCGUUGAUAUUCUUCACCGUCGGUACCAUCCUAUGCGCGGCGGCCCAUAACAUCAGUGUCAUGCUUGCCGGUCGCUCCAUUCAAGGCAUUGGCGGUGGUGGGGUCAUCGUCCUCUCGCUUGUGAUAUUCACCGACAUCGUCCCCUUGAGAUCCCGUCCGCAAUACGUGGGAAUCUUACAGGGAGCAUGGGCAGUCGGAACGUGCGUUGGACCUCUCAUCGGCGGUGCUUUUGCAACCCCAACACUCUGGCGUGGAGUUUUCUACCUGAUGUUUCCCUUCUGUGGUAUCGGCUUGGUCUUCGUGCCUCUGUUCAUUCGCCUCACGCCUCGCCGAGCGACAUGGAGACAGAUGCUCACCCGAGUCGACUGGGCCGGUGGCUUGCUCUUUAUACCAUCUGCUGCAGCUUUUCUCCUGGCAAUAUCUUGGGGAGGAACCGAACAGUCUUGGGCUAGUGCCCAGACCAUCAUCCCUCUGAUUGCCGGAUUCCUGGGACUCAUUUGCACCGGGCUAUAUGAACAGUAUCGCGCGACGGAGCCUUUCCUACCACACUCCCUGUUUCGCAAUCCAACAGCAUUUGCUAUCUACGCUGGUGCUUUUGUCCAAGGACUUCUCCUUUACGGUCAACUCUACUACAUCCCGUUCUUCCUCGAAACCGUCAAGCUCAAGUCGCCCAUCCAAACCGGUGUCGGUCUGCUGGCCGUCAUGCUCGCUCUCAUCCCCACAGCGGUGGUUGUUGGCCGCCUCAUCACCCGGACAGGUAGCUACCGCUGGGCAAUCUGGAUCGGCUGGGUUCUUACGACGCUGGCCACCGGCCUGACCACCCUAUGGUCCGCUCAUAGCUGGACGACCACCUGGGUACUCAGCCUAGUCACUCUUGGCAUCGGACAUGGUCUCCUCCUCAACGCUCUGAACUGCGCAUCUCAAGCGGUCUGCAAGCCUGGUGACGAAGGCGCUGCAGCUGCAAUGUACGCUUUCCUUCGCAGUUUCGGCAUGGCUCUCGGCGUCGGCAUAGGCGGUUCCGUGUUCCAAAAUGUCAUGAAGAUCAGGCUGCGAGCUCUCCACCUGCCGACAUCGAUCCUUGGUACGCCUCAACGCGUUGCUGUCUAUGCUUACGGAUUUCACGGCGUCUUCGGCUUCUUCUGCGGACUGGCCGCUCUCGCAAUGGCGGUUUCGUGCUUCAUCAAACACUUUGAGAUCAACAAGGAACUGGUUACUGAACAUACCUUGGAUACCAACAGUAGAAUCGCUCUGACACUCGGCAGACUCAAUCACAGUCGGACUCCAAGUCAAUUCGGUAGUCUGGCCGAAAGUGUUCCUGAAGAUCGUCGAGUUGGGUUUGCAUAGGAUGGCAGGAACGGCGGACGCUAAGUGCAAGAGCUUGGAGGGGAAGCAACGUAUCGAUGCACGAUACCGCACAUCAGUAGCAC